CGACCUGAUUUUCCUCUUUUCUAGUAUCGGACGCCUUAUCAACCUUCAUGGGCUUUACAGGACUGGUCUCGAAUACGAUUUUACCUAUGCUGCCCACCGUUCCGAACCCAGCCCAGCGUCAACCGCUGACGUUCUCUGCGGCUGCACCCAUCUUCGUUUGUUACAUCGUUCAGGCUAUACUCGUGCAGCUUCCACGAACUCUCGCAUGGAAGUUAAUCUUCCUUUCAGUUAUGAUUUGGUCUGUUUGGCAUGCCGUUAUAGAGUAUAGUCUCUCAGCGCGGAUAGCAUAUGUGGUGGGGAGGGAGGACGUCGAGAGGUUCCGUAUUUUCGACUAUUUGUUCGUGACUGCGGUACUCAGUAUGCUCCUCCGAGUGAUCGAGUGGACAUUCGCCUCGAAACCUUACCGGCGACUCAGACUGGGCGUCAACUUGUCCGAACCGAGCUCACCAAGCGUUCGCCAACUAUUUGAAGAUGCAGUCGAUCUCGCCGGCAAUCAACGUGGCAUCGGCUGGUCAUGGUCGCGCGACCCGUUCCCAAAGGUCCCCCCUCGCUCCGUUGCAGACCUCAUCCUAUCCUUGCUCCUCAAACUGUCUAUUACUGGCGUCGCGGUCUAUUCCAUCCAGUUCACAUGCCCAGCAAUCGACCCCAAAGGCGGCACCAGCAUCUUCGACCCCUCUCUCCCUCCUUUCACCCGUUACAUCUACGCAAUCUGGACGACAUUGAUGACUGGCAUAUUCAGCUACGCCGUCAUGGAUAGUGCCUACCUCUUCGGCACUGUCACCUCAUGCCUAUUAUUCGGAAAAUCCACAUCUGAAUGGCCACCGUUCUCGGACCGUCCGUACUUAUCGACCAGUCUCGCAGAGUUUUGGGGCAAAAGGUGGCACCAAUCCCUCCGUCGCACAGUCGUCACCCUGGGCUCGAAUCCUGUCCGUCAGAUAUUCGGCAAGCCGGGCGCGGUGAUGGGUGCGUUCGUGCUGUCUGGGUUGAUCCAUGAUUGGGGGCUGUAUGGAUUGGGAAGGAGGACUGACUCGUCGGAGCCUGUGUUUGAGGUAAUUAGUCCGGUGGGGAUGUUUUUCGUCAUGAUGGGCGUUGGUGUCGUGUUGGAGGGUGUUUGGGAGGAAUGGCUUGGGUGGGGUAAGGUGGGGGGCUGGAUGGGCUGGGUGUGGACUAUGGGGUGGACAGUUUGGUGGGGGAUGGGAGCUGUCGAUGAGUGGGCAAGGAGGGGCUUGUCGGUGGCUCCUUUUCCUCAGAGAGAUCGAGAGUAG